UAAAUCUAGAUAGCAGCUCCAGCAGCUUUCGGGGGAAACAAUAAAAUUCAACAAAAUGGCAGAUUUUAAAAGUUAUCUUGCAGCAAGUAUAUUGACAGAGGAUAAAUUAGUGAGUUAAUUCUUUGUGAGUUUACUUCACUUUAACUAAAAGUUUCUUAGGUAACUUAUCGACUGCUGAGUCGAGUGCUCAAGGUUCAUGUAAAUGCAGCAAAGGAGUAUGUCAUUUGAGAGCUUUAUAGUGCCUUCCGUUAACAAUCUGAUAGAAUGCUAUAUGAGUUUCAUCGAAUCCAAAACGCAAAGAAACCGGGAACAAUCCAUGCGAUUUAUCUGAUUGCUGGCGCAAAGAAAAAGCAAGCUCCCGUAGCGAUUGAAGUUGAGAAGGAUGGCGAAGAUUGUUACAUGCAGAGCAGUCCAUUUGUUGGUAGCUCAAUGCCACAGUCUGAUGGCAGUCCUAGUCAAGGCUCCAUAUUGAGUAUAACACUGACACGGGAGGAGGAUUUGGAAAGUUUGAACCCCGCCUUUGGAGGCCGUAUCCAGUAGCUAACACAUUGUAGCCAUACGAUCACAAUUCGAACACAUUUCUUCGAUACAUAUUUACAGUUUAGGACCUCACCCAUUAAAGGUACAUGUACAUUCUGCUUCUAUACUUUUUCAAGGUACUAACAUACCCUAGGAGCUCCAACUACUCUCAGACUCAACCCGGGAGAUUCAAACCCUAUUAAAAUCCGAAGAUCCCUUAGAAUCCUACCAUAAAUACGGAAUAAUAACCAAUCCCAAUGCCAAACGCCGUUCGCGAAAAGCACCGCCAAUUGCAGCUAAUGUACCAAUAGUUGUUCCAACCAGACCCGCGGCUACGAAUUCUAAGCUCAAUGAAGUUCAAGAACCUCCCAAAUCCUCCUCAUCAUCCUCCAAAAAGCCGGAACCCAAAUCACAACCUUCCAACGCCAAAGAUUUCUUUGGCAACAAGGGAAAAGAAAAGACCAAGAGCAAUACACAAGCAGAAUCUUCAAAAAAGGAACCUACAACCGCUCCUCCAAGCAAAGAAUCGACGCCAGCACCUCCCGUGAAUCUGAAGCGAGAAUCAAGUAGCAUUUUCAAGGCAUUUGCAAAAACUCAGCCGAAGAAGGCGAAAAUUGAGGGGACAGAUUCGAGUGCAAAAGAGGUGGAUACUCCUAUGAAAGAUGCGUCGGAUGACGAUGAUGAAGAUACAUGGAUGCCAGCUCCAGUCAGGAAAGAAACCAAAGCGAACGACCGAAAGUCCAGGAAAGAAACACAGGAAAGAUUAAGGAAAAUGAUGGAAGACGAUGACGAAGAAGAGGAGGAAGAAGAGGAGGAAAAAGAAGCCGCACCGUCUCCGGCCCCUGAAACACCAAUGGAGGAAUCAGGAGAAGAGAAAGCACCAGAGGAAGCCAAGGAGGAAGAACCUGCCGCAACAACUAGUAAUGGACGCAGGAGAGGCAGAAGAAGAGUUAUGAAGAAGAAAACCGUAAAAGAUGAAGAUGGUUAUUUAGGUACGCAUAUUAUUCAACUCUUCCCAUUAUCCUAUUUUAUAAUCUAUCUAGCACAACAGCUACUAAUCCCACUCUCAGUCACAAAACAAGAACAAGCCUGGGAGUCAUUUUCCGAAGAUGAGCCUCUUCCGGCAUCCAAAGCAAAAUCUUCGGUUCCAACUACUUCGAAAGCAAAGAAAGAUGCAUCCAAAAAAGGACAGGGAAAUAUUAUGUCGUUUUUUGGGAAGAAAUGAAGUCUCUUACGGAAGAGGUUGGAAGGAGAAAUAGCAUCGAGAUAUCUUGUUAGCGAGUUGAGUUACUUAUCUUCAAUCGAGAUGUAUUGGUAAAACACAACAUAUAAUAAAAUCAACGUUCACGU